CGGCAGGGCGCAGCCUGUGCGGGUGGGCGCGGUGACCCGCAGCCUUUGGCUCGCAGCGGGACUGUGCCAGGGACCACUGUCCAAGGAUCGGGCUACUGAGGGACGUCUGCCUCAGUUUACCCCCUCACCGCCCGGUGAAAUCCCUGCAGCGCCUUGGGGGAAACCGUUCUGCUCCGCGAGGGAAACAGAGCCGUUGACCAUGGUUGCAACGGGCAGUUUGAGCAGUAAGAACCCGGCCAGCAUUUCAGAGUUGCUGGACGGUGGCUAUCACCCUGGGAGUCUGCUAAGUGAUUUCGACUACUGGGAUUAUGUGGUCCCUGAGCCCAACCUCAACGAGGUGGUAUUUGAAGAGAGCACCUGCCAGAAUUUGGUUAAGAUGUUGGAAAACUGUCUAUCCAAAUCAAAGCAAACCAAACUGGGUUGCUCUAAGGUCUUGGUCCCUGAGAAACUGACCCAGAGAAUUGCUCAAGAUGUCCUGCGGCUCUCCUCCACGGAGCCCUGCGGUCUUCGGGGCUGUGUGAUGCACGUGAACUUGGAAAUUGAAAAUGUGUGUAAAAAGCUUGAUCGGAUCGUGUGUGAUGCUAGUGUGGUGCCCACCUUCGAGCUCACACUCGUGUUCAAGCAGGAGAACUACUCGUGGACCAGCCUCAGGGACUUCUUCUUUAGCCGAGGUCGCUUCUCGACCGGCCUUAGGCGAACUCUGAUCCUAAGCUCGGGAUUUCGGCUCGUUAAGAAAAAACUGUACUCUCUGAUUGGAACAACGGUUAUUGAAGAGUGCUAAGGAGGAAAAGCAAUUAAAGGUUCCUAAUGAGUGGAUAAUAAACCUCUAAAGCUA